AUGGGCUGUGUGAGUACAAAGCUGGUGCCAGAACUCCAUCCGAAUGCGCAUUUGGUAGAGACGUUUUACUGUAACACAAGACAGGAUGUAAAAAUCUCUUCCUUUCGACCCGUGGCAGUUUUAAAGACACACGCUUUUCUUCAGUCGGUAGAAACUGCAACGCGACGAGAGAAAUCAAAUUCCGAGAUCGCGCAUGAGGGUCAGAAUGUAGGUGGGAAUACACAUGGGAAAAAAUACCGCGAUAAAUUUGACUCUCGAGUUACAACAAAGUAUGAUGUUAAAGCUUUGAUUGGCAAAGGGAGUUUUAGCAGAGUCGUUCGAGUAGAACAUCGUAUAACAAAACAACCGUAUGCUAUUAAGAUGAUUGAUAAAAUUCAAGGAAAGGAGGUGUUUGAAGCCGAACUGAAUGUCUUACGCAGGGUGAAACAUGUUUAUAUAAUUCAGCUACUGGAAGUAUUUGAAGCUGUGGAUAAAGUCUACAUGGUAAUGGAACUUGCCACCGGUGGUGAACUUUUUGACCGCAUCAUUGCUAAAGGUAGUUUCACCGAACGCGAUGCUGUCAAAGUUCUUAUAAUGGUCUUAGACGGCGUCAAAUAUCUACACGGACUAGGAAUUACACAUCGAGACCUCAAACCUGAAAAUCUACUUUACUAUCACCCAGGUCAUGAUUCAAAAAUUAUGAUCACUGACUUUGGACUCAGUGCGAUAGUGAGUUCCCAGGACAGUCACAUGACAACAACUUGUGGCACCCCGGAAUACAUCGCUCCGGAGAUUUUGGCCCGGCAGCCGUACACCAGCCAGGUAGACCUGUGGGCUAUAGGUGUGAUCACUUAUGUUCUUUUGAGCGGGACUAUGCCUUUUGAUGACGAGGAUCGGACGCAGCUGUACCGGCUGAUCAUCAAGGGAAAGUACAGUUUUGCAGGCCAGCACUGGAAAGACAUUUCGUCACUGGCCAAAGAUUUCAUCAACAAAACUAUGACCCUUGACCCUAAUGAACGUUUAACUGCUAGCCAAGCAUGCAGACACCCUUGGCUGACCCGAAGCUCCGACAUGACCUCCAACAAAAACCUCCACAGGACCAUUUCUCUGAAUCUUCUCCAACGCCAGUCGCGGUCUGCGAGCAGCUCCAAGUCCAGCAAAUCCGCGCCCAGCAGCAAGUCUGGCCAUUCUUUGAGGUCGGAUCGCAGGCGGGUGCAGCCGGAAGACGUGGAUCAGCUGCUUAGAGAUCCUGAAAUUCAGGCUGAGUUGGCGUCACUGAAGAGCCAGCAUAGUGACCAGACGUAG